AUGACAGAAGAGUUUAUCUCCCAGGCCCAAGGGAACAGCGAUGGGAUGAACCUGGGGAUGAGGUCCAUCAAUGGAAGUUUGUGUUCUGUCCUAUCCCUCACAAUUUUGGUCUCCCAAAGUUGUGGCUUGCAGCAGCUCAUGGCUGACAAAGAAACAAUUGUGAAGAUUUUGUCUUCAGGAAAGUUAAUCCAGUGCUCAGCAGCUAUGGACAUUUUAUUGCUGAUGGAUGGAUCCUAUAGCAUAGGGAAAGGAAGCUUUGAGCGGUCAAAGCAUUUUGCUGCCAAACUCUGUGAUAUUCUUGACAUUAAUCCUGACCGGAUUCGUAUAGGAGUGAUCCAGUUCAGUUCAAAACCAAAAGUAGAAUUUGGGUUAGGAACCUAUCCCACAAGACAAGAAACAAAAGAAGCUAUCAAAAAAAUUUUCUUCAGGGGUGGUGGCACAGAGAUUGGCGCUGCAGUAAAGUAUGUGCUACAUAAAGGGUUUCAUGGAGGACGGCAAGGUGUCCUGAAGGUCAUUGUAAUUCUUACAGAUGGUAAAUCACAAGAUAACGCAACCGUGCCUUUGAGAUUUGCUAAGAACAGUGGAAUGACAGUAUUUGCUGUGGGAGUCAAGCAUCCAGGGUGGAAAGAACUGGCUAGUUUAGCUAGCAUGCCCAGUGAGAUGCAUGUGUUCUAUGCAGCACACUAUAAUGAUGCUGUUAAUGGUUUGUAUACUACAUUGACACAGUCUACAGUCUGCUCUGAUGUACAUCCAGCCUGCAAGGUGGUAUCACAGUUUUGCCAGAGAACUACAGUCAAUGCUGAGAAGAAAUACCUUGGAAGACAUAUUUGCUGGAAAGGCAACAUUGACGGCCUGAAAGGACAUGGAAAACCAAUGGCUACCUUCUGUCCUUCCUACACCUGGAAAAGGACAUACAGUCAGAUUCAAACUCGCUGCAUCCGCACCCUGUGUCCAGAUCCCUGUGAUUCAGGUCCAUGUCGUAAUGGAGGAACCUGUGUUUCAGAGACCGUGGAUGAGUACAGCUGCUUGUGUCCCCUGGGAUAUGGAGGGGAUAAACAUUGUACUGGAAACAGAUACCUGAGACCUGCUGGCAUUAUGGACUGUUCUGUUAACUUGAUGUUUUUGGUGGAUGGAUCAUGGAACAUGGGCCUCGAGGGAUUCCUUCAAGCUAAAGCUUUUAUUAAAAGAUUUCUUCGGUCCAUUUUGAGUUCUUCAGCAAGACUUCUAGUGGGAUUUGCUCAGUAUAGUGACAACGUUUGUAUUGAGAUUGGAUUGGGACAGUACAGUGACUUCAAUAAUUUGUUAAAGGCAAUUGAUAGCAUAUCCUUUAAUGGCGGUAAGACUUUCACUGGAAAGGCCCUGCAAUAUGUAGCAGAAAAUGGUUUCAGUGAAGACUCUCGAACGAAUGUUCCUCAUGUUCUCGUAGUAUUUUCCAAUUCUAAAUCUCAUGAUUCAGUGCUACUCGCUGCACAACACACCAAAGAAAAGGAGAUAUUUAUUCUCUCCAUUGGAAAAAAAUACAUAAAAAAUCAACUGAACCAUAUAGCUGGAGACAGUCAGCUGGCAUUUGCAUAUAAUGAACCCCAGGAACUUUACAGUAAGGUUUUGGAGCUCAGGACAAAGAUAUGUGGAUUUAACAUGCCUGGUUGUUUUUCCAAGUCUUUAGAUCUAGUAUUUACUGUGGAUGCUUCUGGUCAAGUUGGAAGACAGAAUUUUCGUCAAAUAAAAGGGUUUGUGAGGAGCAUUGUUUCACAUUUUGACAUCGACAGAGACCUUACACAGGUUGCUAUGGUGAUCUACAGCAACAAGCCCCGAACUCUCUUUAACUUGGAUUCAUUUGACAGUGAAGGAAAAAUUAAAAGGGCAAUCAGCUCAGGCCCAUUUCUGGAUGGGAGUGCUCACACUGGGAAAGCUCUUAAAUACAUACUGGAGGAUACCUUAAGUAUCAAGAAGGGAGCAAGGCCAGGAAUCCACAAGGUGGUUGUGGUAAUUACUAAUGGACAGAGUUCAGAUGAUAUUGUUCCCAAUGCUGAAAAACUCAGACGAAAUGGGAUUACCAUAAUUGCACUGGGAAUGGUGGACUCUCAGGCAACAGCACUCCUCAGAGUUGCAGGAAGCCACAGGCUUGUGAUUCCUGUUCGUUCCUACAAAAAUCUUAAACAUUAUGAAGUCAAAUUGGUACGGAAAAUAUGUGAAGGUGGCAGUUCAGCAUAUAGAUCACACAUAGACUUCGUUCUCCUGAACACAGUCUAG